UAGAGUCCGACAGGAUAGUCACACUGUCACAACACCUUUUCAAGAUAAAUGGGACUGUAACUAUGGGACCGUACUGGCUCUUUAUUGCUUCGUUACUGAUAACAUUCAUUCCAGGUGAGACGAGGCUCCGCAUAGAGCCAGGUGGCCCGCAGCUGGUGGUGUCCCUCAGCGACCCCCUUCAGCUGGACUGCUGGGAUGACGGUGAUGUUCAGUGGCUACGUGAAGACCGCUACAACAAGACAUUGAAGGGGGUCGAGAAGACGAAGGGGAGGGCCACAUUCAAGAUCCCCAAGGCUCAGGCUCAACACAUGGGCCGCUACCUGUGUGAGAAUCGGGAGAGCCGCGAGCAGGCCUCAGUCUACGUGUUUGUCAAAGACCCCAAGAAUGCCUUCCGGAAGACGAUCAUGAAUAACUUACUAGGGAAGGCUGGCGAAAGCUGCGUGAUCCCGUGCCUGGCGACGGACCCGAAUGUGACUGAGCUGCAGGUGGUUCCGUGCGGUGGCCUGCCGCUGCCCCCCGGGCUGCAAUUCAGUGCCAGUAUUGAGCGCGGCGUCACCAUCUCCAACCUACGGAAGGACUUUGAGGGCUGCUAUGUCUGCACUGGUCAGCUGAAUGGACAGACGGAGACCUCCGUCCAGUACACGCUCACCGUUCGCUUGGCUGCGGAUAAGCUUCCCAACAUCGAGUUAUCUGAGAAGGAAAUUGUGAUUCUCACUGUGGGUGAACGCUUUGAGGUGACGUGCACCACUACCAAUAUCAACAAUGAUUUCAGCCUGAAGUGGACCUCUCCACCAGGAACGAACCCAGUCGUGUUGAGAAAGUUCCAAAUGCUGACGAACCCCUUGCUGUACAUGAAUAUACUUUCGCUCAAAGUUGCCACAGUGACAAUGAAUAAUUCCGGAAGCUACCGCUGCGAGGCCACCAAUGAGCGUGGCGUGGCUUCGUCGUCCAUCCAGCUACGUGUCUAUGAGCGGGGCUUCAUCACCCUAAUAGAGGUGGGCAAUGACACCAUGUACACCCGUGCUGGGGAGAGCCUCGUCCUCCGGAUUGUGCUGGAGGCCUACCCCAGACCGAAGCUCAUGUCCUGGGUGUAUGAGGGGCAGGCAUUGCAGAACAGCUCGGACCAUGUCAUCUCCACGCAAGAGAUGGGAUACAGGUACGAGAGCGAGCUGAAGUUGGUGCGCCUGAAAGCCUCGGAAGGGGGGGUGUACACAUUUCUGGCACAGAACACCAACGCCACGGCCAGCCAGCUGUUCAUGGUGCAUGUGAUGAGUAAGCCUGAGAUUGUGGCACGGGAGGGGCCCCUGGAUGGGCAGCUGCUUUGCGUGGCAGAGGGGUACCCCACCCCUCAGAUCACCUGGUUCUCCUGCGAGCAGCCGCACAGACGGUGCUCACACCUGCAGAACUCCAGCAUGGAAGAGCGGGACGUCACCAGCAUAGUUCUGUCCAGCCCUGCCUUUGGGCGGAGCAAGGUGGAGAGUCGGCUGAACGUCAGCAGGGGCAGCUACCAGACGGUGGAAUGCGUGGCCAUGGUGGAAGACGAAGAGGCCUUUUUCCUCUUCUCCAUCAGUGAACGUACGGUGCCACAUCACCUGUUCACGCCGCUACUCAUCGGCUUUGUGACAGCUGCGGCCCUGCUCUGUGUCAUCCUGCUGCUGCUCUUCUAUAAGUACUUACAGAAGCCUAAGUAUCAGAUCCAGUGGAAGGUGAUCGAAGGAAUCCACGGCAACAACUAUGUCUACAUUGACCCUGCUCAGCUUCCCUAUGACCACCAGUGGGAGUUCCCCCGUGACAAGCUGCGGUUUGGAAAAACCUUGGGCUCUGGAGCCUUUGGGAAGGUAGUGGAGGCCACAGCCUACGGCAUGUCCAAGGCCAACACUGUGAUGACCGUGGCCGUUAAGAUGCUGAAACCGAGUGCCCAUGCAACUGAGAAGGAGGCUCUGAUGUCUGAGCUGAAGGUGUUGAGCUACCUGGGCCACCACAUGAACAUUGUUAACCUGCUGGGAGCCUGCACUGUUGGAGGUCCUACACUGGUCAUCACGGAGUACUGCUGCUUCGGUGACCUCUUGAACUUCCUGAGAAGAAAGCGGGAGAUAUUCUUCUGCUCCAAGCUGGGAGACGACUGCCAUUACAAAAACGUCCUCCUGCAUCCGGAGUCAGUGAGAGAUGAAAACAGAAAUGGCUACAUGAUGAUGAGGCCAGCUGCCACUGGAGUCCCUUCACGUGGUUUCUCUUCAGACAGGAAACCUUCACUGAGAAAAGCAGGAGGAUUGUGUGCAGAAAAAGAGCAAAGCGAUGCGCUGCUUGAGGAUGGGAUGUCACUAGACACCGAGGACCUACUGAGCUUCUCCUAUCAGGUGGCCAAAGGGAUGGACUUCCUUGCCUCCAAGAAUUGUAUCCACAGAGACCUCGCUGCCAGGAAUAUCCUGCUUACUCAGGGACGGGUGGCCAAGAUCUGCGACUUCGGCCUGGCACGGGAUAUCACCACUGACUCCAACUAUGUGGUCAAGGGCAAUGCUCGACUCCCAGUGAAGUGGAUGUCGCCAGAGAGCAUCUUCGAGUGCGUUUACACGUUUGAGAGUGACGUCUGGUCCUAUGGCAUCCUGCUGUGGGAGAUCUUCUCUCUGGGAAGUAGCCCUUACCCCGGGAUGCCCGUGGACUCCAAGUUCUACAAGAUGAUCAAGGAAGGUUACAGGAUGAAUGACCCAGAAUUUGCCCCCAGGAAAAUGUAUGAUAUAAUGACCUCAUGCUGGGACGCUGACCCCUUCAAGAGACCAUCGUUUGGGAAGAUCGUGGACAAGAUUGAAGAGCAGCUGUCCGAUAGCACGAAGCGUAUGUAUCUGAAUUUCAGUUCCCGGCUGGCAACGCGGGAGAACCCCAACGGCCACUUCCUGCGGCUGAACUCCGUGGGCAGCAGCACGGCAUCCACACAGCCACUGCUUGUGACCGACGAAGUCUUCCCAGAGGAGGCACCCUACCCACAUAGGGCAUGAAGGCCCAGAAGUUGGGGAUGUCCUGCAAGUGCCUUCCCCCAGUGAUCUGUGCUGGUUUCCUUAUGGUCUACAGAGCUCCUAUGUGUUAAAAACACUGACUUUCUCAUACACAGGCACACAGACACAUAGGUGUACCCAGGGACGGAUUACGGACCGGGCCAGCGGGGCCGCUGCCCAGGGGCCCUUUGGGUGUAGGGGGCCCGUGGGGCCCCUAGCCCAAAACAAUUUACA